AUGAUGAAUUGGGCAAUAAUUGCUCGCGAAGAUCGUCUCUAUAAGGGCAAAACAUUGUAUAGAUGGGAUGUAUCACCUGGCUUAGAACAUCAUUGCGGAACAUGUGCAACACCACUUCAUAAUGCUCGUUCAAAGUCUUCCUGCCUUGGUAAGCAUGUUGAACCUUGCUUCCGAUUUCAUCAGCAGUUGCACUUCCUUGGAAAAUCUCAUGAAUGUCUCGGAUGCAACACAUCUGAUGAGAUGCACUAUACUCGACACAAAGAGAUCUUGAAUAUUAUUCGAGAGAUCAACACAUUUGAUCAAGCUGAUCUAUCUCUUGGAUCCCAGAUGAUGAAGAGAAAAGACGGAGCUGACAAGAAACGGACAGACUCCGAGACUACCUCCGAGGCAACCGACGCAAUAUCUGAAAUGAGCCUCGAGGAAGAGAUUUUAACAAAGAGAGAAAGGAAGCGAGCAAAGAAGUUGGGAGGAAACACUAGAAGGAACGUUGUUGUUUGUAGUCAAGAUGAGAUCAAUGCCAUUAGCGAGGCAUUGCAUGGUCAAAUACACGAAAGUAAAGGUGCUUGGGAAGGUACAUAUGCUUAUGACAACCGCCAUGCUGAUACAUCAUCUGCAAUUGCUGGUCCGGUUGGAGGGGAGGAUGAAGAAUAUGAUACAUAUGCGGUUCAGCCACUCACUCAAGUUUCCAACAAAGAAUACAAGACCCCCAACUAUCCGACUCCAAAGCAACAAAGGGCAGCCAAAAGACUCACGACAGUAACACCAUUAAGACAAUCCAAACUCCGUGGUCACCAGCAAAGAUUUACUCCCGAAACAGCCUACAAAAACGAUCCAUAUGGUGGUAUUGAUCCCGAAAUUUUCUGCCGUCUUGGUAUUGAUGUCAAACCGCCUUCUAAUCCGAAAAGCCGAAAAGAGAUGAUGGGAAAGCUCAUCGCUGCCAUCCAGAAUGAUCUACAUGUUAUCCGACGGGAAGAAGAAGAGGCUGUCAUCAGAGAAGAAGGUUUCUGGAGAUGGGCUGGACGAAACGCGUUUCGAAAUAUCCUUGAAUACCGCAAAAAAUUUGACUGGGCAACUGGUCAGAAAAUAACUCCGGGUCAGAAAAUGAUUGCGAUGAAAACUGAAGCAGAGCUCUUUGGCGACGAACCGGAAAAUUCUCAGAUCGAUGAUGAGACAGAGGGAGACGGCAGACAAGAUGAUUCAGAGAACGAAGACGAAGCUACGGCGGAUACGGACAUGCCUGCAGAAAUGACGGUCGAGAGGAAGGAUAUAAAAGAAAUGGCACAUGGAAGCGAGGAUAUAUUUCUUGAAGAAAAAGAGCAGAAAGUCAAGAAGCACAAGGUCUUGAGAAUCACCACGGCACACGAGUCGCACAUUCAACCAAAAUCAAGACAAUAUAAGAGUAUUUCGAAGACACCUCAUGGUAAAAAUAGAAAUGUCUACAAGUGUUUCGAAACCGAAGGAGUUGAUGGUUCUCUGGAAGAAGAUGACGAGAUGGAACAAGAAGGUAUCCAUGAUCUUGUUAGAUACAGUGUGAAAUAUGGCGGCAAUACCCUCAAGUCUACUUCUACAUGGGCGAGUGUUGUUGGCUACAGCUCAAUCGGCACUACAAGUACUGCUAAGAAAGGAAAGAGAAUUAUUACAGAUCGAAAAACCGUCCCUCCUCCGGUUGAAGAUGGCGAGUGGACCACGGUUACGAAGAAAGGAAGGAAGAAUUGA